GCCUCGCUUUCGGCUGGUCACUGUUCCGCUUCGUUCGCAGGAACUAAUCUGCCCGAACCGAGACGACGUGUCACCGCGCACCAACCGGCUAACGUUCCAGAGGCGCCCGGGCCGGCGUCCAGCUUUGAACAAGCCCGCUCCCCUCCUCGGUCCCUCCGACGGUUUGUCACCUUGCUGCGAUUCGGCGGCCAAACCCACCCGAACUCGGCUCGCACGCCCGAGUCGAGCUGGACUACGAAAAAUGCCGUCCGUUCCUCUCCCCCUCUCUCUGUCCCGGUUAGCUCUAGCUUGCGUCGCGUAAUCCAGCCCUCCCCGUCUCUUCUCUGGAACGAGCCAAGUCGGGUUAUGUAGCUCGCGCACCUGCGCUUGCCUUGCUUGCUUGCGGCGAGAGUGGAAGAGGAGGGGGCAAAGGCAAUGGGUGGAGCGGAGGGGCCGCGCGCGGGCGCGGUGGCGGCGGGCCACCCGAACGGGCACGCCAACGGGGCGGUGGAGGAGAAGCUGGACGAGCUGCGGCGGCAGCUGGGGAAGGCGGACGGCGACCCGCUCAGGAUCGUCGGCGUCGGGGCGGGCGCCUGGGGCAGCGUCUUCUGCGCGCUGCUGCAGGACGCCUACGGCCACCUCCGAGACAAGGCGCAGGUCCGCAUCUGGCGCCGCCCGGGCCGCGCAGUCGACCGCGCCACCGCCGAGCACCUCUUCGAGGUCAUCAACGCGCGCGAGGACGUCCUACGACGCCUGAUCCGACGCUGCGCCUACCUCAAGUACGUCGAGGGCCGCCUCGGCGACCGCACGCUCAACGCCGACGAGAUACUCAGGGACGGGUUCUGCCUCAACAUUAUCGACACGCCGCUCUGCCCGCUCAAGGUCGUCACCAACCUGCAGGAGGCCGUCUGGGACGCCGACAUUGUCGUCAACGGGCUGCCCUCCACGGAGACCAGGGAGGUGUUUGGGGAGAUCGGGAGGUAUUGGAAGGAGAGGAUUACUGCACCGAUCAUCAUCUCGCUGGCCAAGGGGAUAGAGGCCUCCCUGGAUCCUGUGCCACGGAUCAUAACUCCGACGCAGAUGAUUAGCAAUGCAACUGGGGUUCCAUUGGAGAACAUUCUAUAUCUUGGUGGCCCUAAUAUCGCUUCUGAAAUUUACAACAAAGAAUAUGCAAAUGCACGCAUUUGUGGAGCCGGCAAAUGGAGGAAACCUCUGGCGAAGUUUUUGAGGCAGCCUCAUUUUAUUGUGUGGGAUAAUAGUGACCUCAUCACUCAUGAGGUCAUGGGAGGCUUAAAAAAUGUAUAUGCUAUCGGUGCUGGCAUGGUAGCAGCGCUAACCAAUGAGAGUGCAACCAGCAAAUCCGUUUACUUUGCACUUUGCACGUCUGAGAUGAUCUACAUCACACACCUUCUGGAAGAAGAACCUGCAAAACUUGCUGGACCGCUGUUAGCUGACACUUAUGUCACAUUGUUGAAAGGUCGCAAUGCAUGGUAUGGGCAUAAGCUAGCUAAAGGGGAAUUGACAUUGGAAAUGGGUGACAGCAUAAAAGGCAAAGGGACCAUUCAGGGUGUUUCUGCAGUUGAUGCGUUUUAUGAGCUUCUUAGUCAGGAUAGCUUAAGUGUGAUGCAUCCAGAAGCCAACAGAUCUGUUGCACCGGUUGAGAUGUGCCCAAUCCUAAAAGCACUAUACAGAAUUUUGAUCAGGAGGGAACUUCCUCCCGAGUCGAUUCUUCAGGCUAUAAGAGAUGAGACAAUGUAUGAUCCACGUGAAAGAAUUGAGAUGGCACAAGGUCACUCACUUUACCGACCAUCUCUUCUUGGUCAACCUAAAGGAGAUGCCAAAGCCUAGACAGAUUCCUUUUUUUCAUUUCCUUUAUUGGUUAAAUCUAUGUGGCUAUGUGCUCUUAUGCAUGUUGUUGUUGUUGUAACAUUAGAAAGUCUGAGAAGAUACUUUAUCGAGCUUAUUAAGUGGCUUGAUGUGUUUCA